GACACCACCACCCGUGACACCGGGUGACACCACCGCCACCGGUGCUGUUGCACCAACUGAAGACCAAGCGUGGUGCUCGCCGUAACACCAGGUGGUCAAAGCCACCACCAUCCCUGGUGACGCUGGGUGACAAUGCCACGCUAUGCUGCGUUAACAGGUGACCAAGCUGCUCUGCCGUGACACCAGGUGAGCAGCAAGCCCGGUACACGCUGUGACACCGCGUGAUCAAGCCACCCUACGUCGUGACAUCAGGUGAGCCGUGAGCCCGGUACAGACUGUGUCAUUGGGUGACCAAGUCAACCUACGCGGGGACGCUGGGUAAGCAGCGAGCUUGGUGACACGAGGUGACCAAAGCCAUGCCAUGCCACCACACUGGGUGACCAAGACACCCGGCACCGUGACACCCGGUGAGCAGCACGUUCAACGUGUGUUGUGACACCAGGUUGACCAAACCACCCUGUGCCAUAACACCGGGUGGCCAAAGCCACCACAUAGCGUGUGCUGUGACACAAGAUGACCAAAGCCAUGCCAUGCCGCCACACUGGGUGACCAAGUCACCUUGUGCCGUGACAGCGGGUGAACGGUGAGCCCAGCGCAUGCCAUGACACGGGGUGACCGCAGCUACGCCGUAGUGUGUGCUGUGACACCAAGUGGCCGAAGACACCCUGCAUCGUGACACCGGGGGACCGAGCCACUCUGUGCCGUGACAGCAGGCAAGCAGCUGGCCUGGCACAUGUGACACUGGGUGACCAAAGCCACCCCACAGCACAUGCUGUGACACUGGGUGAGAAAGCCACCCCCCUCCGCAGCAUCGGGUGACCACGCUGGUGAGCAGUGAGCUCGGUGCAUGCUGUGACACUGGGUGACCGAAGCCACCCUGUGCAGCCCACCCUGUGGCCCCAGCCCACUGCUCUGGGUGUCACGGGCUGGUGCCCCAUCCCCAGCGCCCGUGGGGCACAACGCGGCCAUGGAGGGAGCUGGGGGUCCGGGGUUCCCUCUGCCACUGCUGCUAGUGCUGGCGCUGCUCCUGCCGUGGGGCUCGGCUGGUGGGACCUGUCCCCCGCACUGCGUCUGUGCCUCCAACAUCCUGAGCUGCUCGCAGGCGGCGCUGAGCUCGGUGCCGUCGCACCUGCCCCGCUUCACCGCCGUCCUCGACCUCAGCCACAACAACGUGAGCCGGCUGCGCGCGGACUGGACGCCCAGGCGGCUGGCGCACCUCCACGCCUUGCUGCUCAGCCAUAACGGGCUCUCCUUCAUCUCCACCGAAGCCUUCACCCACGUCCCCCAUCUGCGGCACCUGGACCUCUCCUCCAACCGGCUCCGAGUGCUGGAGGAGAACCUCUUCAGUGACCUGACCGAGCUGGAGGUCCUCCUCCUCUACAACAAUGAGAUCUCCACCUUGGACCGCACCGCCUUCGAAAACCUUGCCCGCCUCCGUAAGCUUUAUCUGGGCCGAAACCGCAUCACCCGCUUCCCGCUGGAGCUGCUGCGCGAUGGCAGCCGCUUGCCGCAGCUGGCCCUGCUCGACCUCUCGGCCAACCGCCUGCGCAGCGUGCCCGUGGGCGAGCUGCAGGCGCUGCCCGCCUGGCUGCGUGACCGCCUCUACCUGCACGGCAACCCGCUGGCCUGCGACUGCCUGCUUUUCCAGCUGGUCGCCCGCGGGCAUCACCGCCGGUUGAGCGCCGUGAUGGAUUUCCAAGAGGAGCUGCGGUGCUCCUUGCCUGCCACGCCGGCGCCCAUUGAGAUCAGCAUCCUCGACUUGGCCGGCCGGCAACCGCUCAACUGCAGCGAGGCGCAAGAAGCGGUGCUGGAAGCCCACCUGGGUGACACCAUCGCCUUAAGCUGCGACACGCGGUUGCAAGGGGUGCGCAGCCGGCACUGGGUGACACCGGGAGGCGAACGGGUGUUGGAGGAAGGGGGCAAUGGCAGCGCCGCUCUCCUGGCGAACGGCAGCCUGCAGCUGCGGGCACUGCGCCCCGAGGAUGCCGGCACCUACGCCUGUUGGGUGGCGGGUCCUCUCCUCAACGAGACGGUUUACGUGGAGCUUCUGGUGCACAACUUCACCCUGCACGGCCCCCACGACACCCUCAACACCGCCUACACGACGCUGGUGGGCUGCAUCCUCAGCGUGGUGCUGGUGCUCAUCUACCUGUACCUCACCCCUUGCCACUGCUGCUGCUGCCGCGGCACCGAAAAGUCGCCGGCACCCCGCGACGACAGCAUCAACUCCUCCGUUCUCAGCGCCACCCCAAAUCACGCCGCCGGUAUCCCUGGGGAGCCUUGUCGGUCCCGCUCAGCCUCUGCCACCGGCCCGGGGCAGAACGGCAGGUUCAAAAGUGGGGGGACCCCGCAGCCGCCCCCCCGGCACCCUAAGGCACAGAGGAAGGUGUCAGAUCCGGACUCGGUCAGCUCCGUCUUCUCCGAUACCCCCAUCGUGGUGUAGUGGGGGGACAUCACAGGGAUGGUCCCCAGGACACCCCGUCCUCAAUGGAUGCGUUGCAGCCAGGAGGGAAAGCCUGGAGCCCCCCCCCUCGUCGUGUCCCCAGCUUGAGGGGGACACACCUGCCCUCGCCCCCCCGCGUUGCCGCUCCCACCCACCCCGGCUUCCGCCAGGGUCACCAUCACCGCACUGGGACUGCGAGGGACAAGGGGGGGUCUGUGGGGACACUGCAGGACUGCAGGUGCCAGCACUGGUACUGGAUUAAUGGGUGCCCCCCCCCCGCUUGGGGACAGCAGCACCCCCACACUGUGCCACUUGGCUCCUGGGGGGGUCUCACACCCCCUCCCCACAGCGCUGCUCCCCCCGCGCCCUCCUGGCAUGCGUCCUGCGAAGCACGAGUCCCCACAUCAGGGGAUGUCACCCCCUUGGGGACACAUGGGGUGCAACCCCCCCACCCCCCAAACACCCUCCUGCACCCACAGCUGCAAGCAGAG